AUGACAAGAGUAGGGCUGGUAUAUGUGGUCGGCACCGUCUCGACGGUAUUCUCUCUCUUAUCGACGGUGUCAAAUGGCGUCUUUGCGAUGGCGGUGUCUCGAGAGAUUCCGGAUAUCGGAGCGCUGCAGGUGGCCAGCGUCGCGGGCAGCGCAUUGAACUGUGCCAUUCAAGCGUUUCUGGUAUUUCUUUUCCGGCAGCGGAUCCGAAAAGGGUUUCGCCUGAAGCGGAGGUCCGAGCGGUGGUUUUUUGUUACGAUCGGGGCUGCUCUGUGUCUGAUGACGGUGGUCGCGGCCAUGGCGAUCCGGUGGAGUUCAACGCGGUUCGGCGAUGUCAAGAACGCAGAGCGACAGAGGGAAGUCCGGAAGUUGUUUUCAGUUUGGUGCGCGCUCUGGGCCGUGUCGGUCGUUUUGCAGACGGCAACAUAUGGCCUGUUUCUCUAUUUGGACCGGAAACACCAGGCUAGUGAGCCGCAGUGGGAUUUUACGCUGGGAGAUCGGGCAACACGACGGACGGGCGGAAAGGCCCAGGACGAGACGACUAUCCGGGGCGAGUCCCACGACCGGCGCCCGUCGACGGGUGGCGCAGAGAACAUCACCAAGUCGGAAACGUCGUCGCUAUCCAGAGUAGAACCGUCCCGCGGCUCCAAAGAGCUAGAACUCGAGGCGGGCGUGCCAACCGACCGACGCACGCGCGCAUCCGCCGACUCUCAAACCUGGGUGCGGCGCUUCUCACGGCGCUUCCCGGGCCUCCACGACGAACUGGUGAAGCUCAAAAGCGAAUCGAAAACCAGCCUCCACGGGCCCGCGUCCCGUGACCACUCCCCGGACCCGUUAUUAUUCGAACGGCCGUCCAUGCCCGACGCCCGGGCCACGAUCAGAACACCCUCCCCGACCGCCAGCGUCGCCAGCUCGCGACGGCACACGAUCGAGCUCCCGCAGGAUCACAUCCACCCGCUGUUCCGGUGCGACAGCCCGUCGGCGCCGCCCGUGGCGCUGCCGGGCACGACGGUCACGGCGUCCCCGUUGGCGGGCCGCACAAUCUCGAUCGAGACGCUGAACCAGAUCCGGUCGCGAUCGAUAUCGCGGUCGUCGCUGUCGCGGCCGCGGUCACGCAGUCUGCUGGCGCAUCCCGAGGAGGAGGAGGAAGAAGAAGAAGGGGAGGAGGAGGAGGAGGGAGACACGGGGACGGUGCGGCGGCUGCGACGGCCUUCUCCGGCAGGAUAUUGGUCGGUGGAGGGGUAUGGGUCGGCGGCGGGGAGCCGGACUAGCCUUCAUGAUUUCGGCGGUGGGAGGCAUGCACGGCUGGGGCGGCGGGGGAGCUCGAUGCCUCCGUGUCGCGCCAAAGCUAAAACAGCGGAGCCCAGGAUUGCGUGCAGAAGAAGAAAAGCAGAAGAAGAGAAGAGAAAAGGAGAAGUUAGAGGGAGGGAAGAAGAGAAGAAGAGAGGGAAGCAAAAGAAGGAGAGGAGGAUAAAAGAAGGCAUGGAGUAG